UCGCCGUCUUCCCGUUGUCUUAUUAUUUUUUUAAUGGUAUUUUCAGCUCAAUCAAGGCUCAACACAUGCUUCUCGAGCUAGAUACUCUGGUCAUUCAGGGCAUUGUUGAUAACAAGGUCGAUCCCUUUACGUCGCCCUCGGCAGACAAGACAAACUCCGUUUUCAAAACGGCAAAGGGACUUUCUCUUGUUAUUACUGCCAGCAAGGGACCGCUAAGCCACACAGUUCUAUUCGAUACGGGCCCGGACCCAAAGGCGUGGGUCCAUAACUAUACACGGCUGAGGACGGAAAUUCCGCCUGUGGAGGCUAUCGUGAUAUCGCAUUGGCAUCCCUACAGCUCAGGAGUGCUCAUUGACGUACUUCAGACUAUCAACGCGUCCGUAUCCAAUCCCGACGAGGGCAAAGCAGCACGGCCACCGCUAUUACCCGUCGACGCCCCACCGAUGCAACCUGCCUCUGCUGGGCACCACUUCCUCUCUCCUCGCACCCACAGCAUAGACCGUGCUGGAAUUGCAGGCGCUGGUGGACAGCUACUCGAAACCAAUGAGCCACACACGAUCCUCGACGACAUGUUUCUCGUCACCGACCCGCUACCACCCGCACAGAGACGCCAGCACGCAAGAAGUCCCAGUCGGCUUUUCCCACACGCCGACGGGAAUACUCAUGACCAGCAGCCUCAGAGUGGGCGGCUCCUUCUUUGCAAGUUAAAAGAUAAAGGCCUUGUCAUUAUCACUGGAUGCAGUCACGCGGCGAGGCUAAACGAAAUGUCCUCACACGCCCUCGACCUAGUCCGCGAGGCGGAAGUGAAGAGCGAGAGCGAGACCCGCGUGCACGCCCUCGUAGGAGGCUUCCACAUGGAAGAGGCCGAGCAAGAGGAAUUGAAAGCAGCCGUUCGAGACCUGAAAGAGAUUAAUGCUGAUUAUAUACUUGCUGGUAACUGCACGGGGCUGCGAUUCCAGCUCGAGAUUGAGGAGAACCUCCCCAACAGGUUUGUGCGGUGUUUUUGUGGUGGGGAGUAUAUUUUUUGAGUGAGACAUAGACUCGAUACAAUCAUGGUCGCGCAUGCAGUGUGCUGGUAGUUGCAAUUGUAGAUAUGGCUUCGACGUCUACUAAUGCAAUGCUUGUGCGACUGGUUACCUCAUGACCAUGGCUUAAGUGUGGCCCAGAAGUUCAAAUACGGUAUAAAAUAGCAAAAGGAAAUAUACAACAGCAGAAAGAAUGACUAUCGGAUGUCGGAUUAAUGGCCGUGGUUCAUUCUGAUGAUAUUCUUUUAUCGUUGGCAUCUUACCAAGGCUCGAUAUUCCAC